CUCGCUGAAGUGCACCGUUGUCAGGCGUCUGGGGUGUGUACGGCGUGUCGCAGUGAGGCCGAGGGCAGCAUGAGUAUGGGCCGCCAUUCACGGAAUAUCCAUAGAUGUACAUGUACGUGACUGGUGAGCGCUCGAGCGUUGGCAGUAGCGUUGGCAGUAGCGUUGGCAGUAGCGUUGGCCUGUACGCCUGUAGGUCAAAAGAAAGCAGCUCGAGGUAGGAAAGAGGGCAACCAGAUCAAGGUGUGGUCUAAAUUGAAGCAUUGUAAGCUAAACCCGCCGUCCCUACAGCAGCUACUUGCAUGACCAAGCAUGACGAAUAGCCGCCUGACUGGUCAUCCGAACGUCCACUUCUAAACCUGACUUUCAACAGACGCGCGCAUGCAGGAUAUGCAAUGGAAAUUCACAUCUGCCCGGUUCUGUUGAUGCUUGUACUGGCGUACCUGCUGUUAUCUGACGUAGCACAAUAUGCUGCUGCACACAGCACACUCGGCCCGGUGUCGACAUUCAGGGACAUUCCCAUUGUGCCGUCGAAUGUUCCGAAUUGGCGUGCGGACUUCCUGCGUCCAGUGCAGGCUGUACGGCCUGUCCUUAACCGCACACUCGUGUCUCCUCUCGCACUGGCUCUAUCAGAGGAGCUCGAAAACACCCUACAUUCGGAAGGCAGUAUGAGCGGUGGCAGUGCUAGCUUGGCGCGGCUGGGUCUUCACGGCUGUUCAUCGAUCACUGGUAUACACCUGCUACAAGGGAAUAUCCUUCGGAAGACGGCCAAUCGCGUGAGAAAAACGACAUUGUUCUUCCGACGCCACCUGCUUCUUCACAGCUCCAUCACCACGUUGCUAUACACAGCGCUCGUGGUAUUUAAACGGAAACCCACUUAUAGUACUUUAGACUCUGAUCAGGCAUAUCCGACAAAUACACCAGCUGCCAUGUUCAAGAUCAAGGUAACUUUCCGCGCCCGUGGGACGAGGAUAUAUAAUUGCAAAACGAAUAUAUCACUAGAUUUCAGUAGUGCCCUGGUGAACGGUACGAUAGAGGAGCUAUUCACCUUCAAUAUCAAGGAUGUUCUGCCGUAUGUUGUAGCGCAGAGACCUGACGAUGUCAGAGCAACCCGCCGUAAGGUGAAAUUGUUCCUGCACAUUCGGCCGACGCGGGAAACGCGGCGCAUCUACCCAUGGUUGACCGGGGAUAUCUCGACAAUUCGCCGUCCGACAUUGGUAUUCGUCCGUGGAGCAGACCCCAAUGGUUCCUUAUCCUGUAAGAUUCCAAACAAUCCCUGGCCACUUCAUGUCCGAAUCAGUCAUAACGAAAACCUGUAUCGCGGGAAGGAAGCCAGCGACAAGCCCAUCCAUUCAGCACCUCACAUCAUCCAUUCAGUACCUCACAUCAGUGAUGAGGUGAGCAAUACCCCGUCGCUCCCAGGAAAGAAACGACAUCCCUCCUGCCUGCACUCGACCUGUUCCAGAGUUUCGCGCGUCUUCGACUUGACGCUGUUGACAGAGUUUGCCAUUUCUCCGAACCUACUACUGACGUCCGAUGCAACUCGACUGGACAUGGGGCUUUGCAUCGGAUCGUGCCGUCUCUCAGUCUACCAGCACUCGUCCUGCGACAAGCCGCCAGCGACUAACCACGCCAAGAUUGUGGGCCAUAUCCUAGGCCUACCUGUGAGCUCCGAGGCAAAUGAUAUCGAAAAGAACCACUAUCGAAGCCAACUCUCAACACCAUCAUGUGUACCUUCGCCGGACCAGCUCACGUCAAAGUGGUUACUUUACGCAGUUAGUGGAGAAGGUGCAUCAGAGGAAGCUGACUCUUACAUUGACAGUGGCAUUGUUCUGGUGCCACGACUGCUGAUACCAUUGGUAGAUGGCUGUUCGUGUGUCUAGAUGGAUACAUGUGUUGUCAAAGCAAAGUAUACUAUAGCAUACCCUAAUAUUUCAUUUACCGUUCUAAAUAUUACGAAAUAGUAGCAGUUCUAAACACAAUAUCGCAUGUACUCGUACUUGACUUGAGGACACCAGAAGGCUACAAGACUUCAAGUAUUUUGUUGAGCCGCAAUCCACAACUUGACUUCAUUAAUACCCAAUUCAUAUCCUUGGCUGUUUAUCCUAGUAUCAUUUAUGGCAUGUUGACGUUGGCGUGAAGCAGCGGAACUGGCCGGUUAUACUUUUAAAACAAUAAUAUACAAUACAUGCACUUCAUGCAUGCACAAUACAUGCACAAUACAUGCACUUCCGAGUCGGUCUUGGUGAGUUACAAACUAUUACCGUACUCACAUGAACAAUCAGGGAGUAGAUCUACUACUCCCUGGUUACAAUAGAGCUUUACAGAAAUUGCUAGAGAGAUUGCUCGCAUGAAUGCAACCGUUAUUGAAGAGUGUUUUUUAAAGAUUACAUACAUGUAAUUACUUCAGAAGUAUAAUUAUGGUACACACA